CACAACUGUCGUUAAAUUGCAUAGCAUCAUCAUCACCACCGAAUAGAAGCAAUCUCUGAAGGCAAAGUGUUUGCGUUAGACUGUUUGACAAUCAAAUCAAGAUCCAUAUUUCUUCUUCUGUCUUUUUCUGAUUUCACGAAACCCUAAACCCCUUUUCAUUCCGAUCGGAGAUCCAACAAAAUGGAUGAAGAGUACGACGUGAUCGUUUUGGGAACUGGUCUCAAGGAAUGCAUUCUCAGUGGUCUUCUCUCCGUCGAUGGCCUCAAGGUUCUUCACAUGGAUAGAAAUGACUAUUACGGAGGAGAAUCCACCUCGCUCAAUCUUAUCCAGCUUUGGAAGAAAUUCAGAGGAGAUGAUAAGCCUCCUCCACAUUUGGGUUCUAGCAAAGACUACAAUAUUGAUAUGAAUCCUAAGUUCAUUAUGGCUAAUGGCAUGUUAGUGAGGGUUCUCAUUCAUACUGAUGUGACAAAGUAUCUCUAUUUUAAAGCUGUGGAUGGAAGUUUUGUCUUUAACAAAGCAAAGGUUCACAAGGUACCUUCAAAUGACAUGGAGGCCUUGAAGUCCCCACUUAUGGGGAUAUUUGAAAAACGGCGUGCGCGCAAGUUUUUCAUUUAUGUUCAAGAUUAUAAUGAGAGUGAUCCUAAAACUCAUGAUGGGCUGGACUUGACAAGAGUGACUACUAAGGAACUGUUAGCGUAUGUAUAUGUGCCCUUUGUAUUGCCUUAGUACUCUGCAUAAUCAGUUGGAAAUUGGUUUUGAAAUAACUACCAUGUCUUUUGACUUGAUAUGGUAUCAUCUUUAAUUUUUUGGUCACAGAGUCGAUAGUGAAAUGCAAGUGUAUGGGCAUGUCUUCUAUCAGUUUUAUAUACAGAUUAAAUACAUAUUCAUGAA